AUUUGGGGCACUGUAACGAUAAUAAGAUAUUAAGAUCAAUCUUUUUCACAGUUUCAGUGGCCAUAAUGCUUUAAUGGUCGCCUGUGCGCACAUAUAACUCUCGCGUAAUCCAAAUGAAGGAUUGGCUGUUUGUAUGGAUAGGUUUAGCUUGUUGUGAUUGGUUGUCCCUCCAAGUGGGCGCCUCUGAGUGUUUUGUGCAGAGCUUCAAGAUAUCACCUUGUUUUUCUUUGAAUUUGGACUAUAAGCUGCAACCUAGAACUAGUAUUCAGUGUAUAGCGAGCCGGGGGGAUUCGGCAAAUUUGUUGUCUGAUUCUGUUGGAGUAAAUGGUGUUUCACCUGUGGGGGAGAAGGGGAGAAGUGGUAGGGCUUCAAUUGAUGUGGGAAAUGGGUAUUUGAGGUCAGGUGUUAGGGAGGAGAAGAAGAUGGAGAAGAACAAGGAUGGUGCUCAAGAAAAGUUGGAGGUUUACUGGGAUGAUGGAUAUGGGACUCAAACUGUGAAGGAUUAUCUUGAAUUAGCCAAAGAGAUUAUUAAGCCUGAUGGUGGACCUCCAAGGUGGUUUUCUCCAGUCUCUUGUGGUCCUCAUUUAAAAGACUCACCUGCUCUGUUCUUCUUACCUGGAGCGGAUGGAACUGGAUUAGGUCUCACAUUGCACCAUAAGGCACUUGGGAAAGUUUUUGAACUCUGGUGCUUGCAUAUUCCUGUGCGUGAUCGAACUCCAUUUGAAGGGUUGAUAAAACUUGUGGAACAAACUGUGAGGAUGAAGCAUGCUUCGUCUCCAAGUAAGCCAAUUUAUCUCCUAGGAGAUUCAUUUGGAGGAUGCUUAGCUCUUGCUGUUGCUGCUUGUAAUCCUAAGAUUGACCUUGUCGUGAUAUUAGCUAAUCCAGCAACUUCAUUUGGCAGGUCACAGCUGCAACCUUUGUUUCCUUUCCUAGAAGCUUUGCCUGGUGAACUCCAGUUUACAAUCCCUUAUCUUCUGAGCUCAGUUAUGGGUGAACCGACGAAAAUGGCAAUGGUUGGCAUCGAUACUGAACUUCCUCCUACCGUAGUUCUUGAACAACUCUCAAGCAACCUUACUGCUUUACUGCCCCUUCUUUCUGGCUUGGCUGAUAUCAUACCGAAAGAAACUCUUAUGUGGAAGCUGAAGCUGCUUAAACAUGGAUCUGCAUAUGCCAAUUCUCGUCUACAUGCUGUCACAGCAGAAGUGCUUGUGCUUGCAAGUGAAAAAGACGGCAUGCUUCCAAGUGCAAAUGAAGGCAAGAGGCUAGCAAGGACAUUAAGAAACUGCAAAGUACGAUAUUUUAAGAACAAUGGACAUACCAUUUUGCUGGAAGAUCAUGUCAAUCUAUUAAGUAUCAUAAAACGUACAGGCAAAUUUCGUCGUUCAAAGAAGCACGACUUUGUGUUGGAUUUUCUGCCACCUAGUGGGUCAGAAUGCAAGAAAGCCAUUGAUAACAAUAAGAAUUACCGCAACUUUACUGGUCCAGUGAUGUUCUCCACAAUGGAAGAUGGGAGAAUAGUAAGAGGGAUAGCAGGGGUUCCUGACGAAGGCCCAGUGUUGUUAGUUGGUUAUCAUAUGCUUAUGGGGUUAGAACUCGUGCCCUUAGUUGAAGAGUUUUUGAGGGUGAAAAAGAUAUUAGUUCGCGGUAUUGCACACCCUACGCUAUUUUCUCAGUUAGUUGAGGGUGAUGGUGGUGCUAACGAAGACGCUUUCAUGGAUUUGAUAAGACUAUUCGGGGGACUACCUGUCUCGCCUAGCAACCUCUUUAAGUUGCUCCAAACUAAAUCGCAUGUGCUUCUUUAUCCCGGGGGUGCUCGUGAGGCCUUACAUCUAAAGGGAGAAGAGUACAAGUUGAUAUGGCCAGAUCAACCAGAAUUUGUAAGAAUGGCGGCGAGGUUUGGGGCUACAAUUGUGCCAUUUGGUGUUGUUGGAGAAGAUGAUAUUGUACAAUUAGUUCUCGACUAUGAUGAUCUGAUGAAAAUCCCUGUAUUAAAUGACCGGAUAAGGAAUGACAAUGAAAAAGCUAAGGAAAUGGGUUUUGCAGUAAGGGCUGAUAAGACCGGGGAGAUUGCCAACCAAACUUUGUAUCUCCCGGGCUUGUUGCCCAAGAUCCCUGGCCGCUUGUACUACUUGUUUGGAAAGCCUAUAUCAACAAAGGGGAAGCGGGAAAUGUUGAAGGACAGGGAAAAGGCGAGAGAAUUAUACUUGCGGAUAAAAUCAGAGGUUGAAAAUAGUAUGGCCUAUUUACUUAAGAAGAGAGAGGAAGAUCCUUACAGAAGCCUUGCUGACAGAACUGCAUAUAGGGCAUUCUCUGCUCCUUUUGAUCAAGUUCCCACUUUUGAUAUUGAUUGACUUGUCAAAUUGUUGCUUUCUGCUGCAUCAUGUAAUUGCCCCUGUAUACAUUUUUAUGAUGUAUGAUAUGACAAUGUCAUCAUCUCCCGGCUAUAACCCGGCCUAUUCAGUGCCAUUUUCUCACCUGCAUUAGGUAUUGUGUUGC